CUCUCUCUAGAAGUUCAUAAAUAUUCUUGGACACAAAUUAUUUUAGAAGCUAUAAUUUAAUUCACAUUUAAUUUGAGUUCUUGUUUGACCUGAUAUUAUAUAUCAUAAUCACUCUCCGAAAACAACGGGAUUAUUGUGGUUUGAUUAAUUUCGUAAUUAACAAGAAAUGAGUUGCAAUGGAUGCCGGGUUCUUCGGAAGGGUUGCAGCGACACGUGUAUACUUCGGACAUGUUUGCAGUGGAUCGACAGCGCCGAUUCGCAAGGCCACGCCACCGUCUUCGUCGCCAAGUUCUUCGGCCGCGCCGGCCUCAUGUCCUUCAUCUCCGCCGUGCCGGAAAACCAGAGACCUGCGCUUUUUCAGUCACUGUUGUUUGAAGCCGCCGGAAGAACGGUGAACCCCGUGAACGGCGCCGUCGGGCUUCUGUGGACCGGGAACUGGCACGUAUGCCAGACGGCGGUGGAGACCGUGCUCCGCGGCGGCGCGUUGAAGCCGAUCCCUGAGCUUCUCGGUGGCGCGUCGGGGGACGACCCCGACGAAGCCUCGGAGUGCACCGACAUGUUCCGUCUCCGAGAUCCGAGCCCGGUAUCCCAGAAACGCCGUCUGUUUUACGGAUGAGCCGGCGCCGGCGGUGAAGGUGAUGCAGCUGGCCGAUCUCUAUCUCACACUGACCCCGGGUUUUCAGGGCGGCGGCGGCGGCAAAAAGAGCGUCAGCCCUUUCCCGGCGCAGCGGCGGCGCGGCAGCCCGUCGAUGAAUUCG